GGAGGAGGAGGUCCAAAGGUGAAAGGCCCAUAUAAACAACGAUGCCUUCCAAGUCCCAACGGAUCAAUUGGAUUAGAGAAUUUGAAUUGCAAAAAGUCCGCUUCUUUUAUUUUCUCUCUCCUCAUCUUCCUCUGUUUACUAGGUUUCGGUGUGAUUGCUUUUCUUUCUUGCUCACCUCUUUCAUACUCUCCAUCACACUCUCUCUCCUUUCUCUGUAAAAUUCUAAUGGCGACCCAAGAUCACCAUGAAAUUAUGGACCCAGAAUCCCAAUUUCUGAUGGAAAUGCGCUUGAAAUCGAAACGACCCCAUCAAUCUGAAGAAGAUGAACAAGAUGAUGAUGAAUUUGAAUGGGAUAAUUAUAAGGAAAAUGUUCGCCCUUUAAAACGAGGUCGUAAUAUCAAAAUCUUGAAUGAAUCCCUAAAAUCUCACUCUAAUAUUCCCCUCAAACAUUCUCUUCUACUUAAUCGAAGGAAAUUGAUUGCUGCCAUUGAUGAGUAUGAAGGUGAUGACCCACUUCAACCUUGGCUUCAGUGUAUUAAGUGGGUCCAAGAAGCGUUUCCGGCUGCCGGAUACUCUUCUGGUUUACUUGUUAUAUACGAGCAGUGUGUUCGAACAUUUUGGCAUGAUGAUCGCUAUCGUGAUGAUCUUCGUUAUCUUAGUGUCUGGCUUGAAUAUGCUGAAAAUUGUGAGGAUGCUGAAGUGAUUUACAGAUUUUUGGAUGCUAAUAACAUUGGUCAAUCUCAUUCUGUAUACUAUAUAUCUUAUGCUUUGUAUAUGGAAUCCAAACAUAAGAUCAAAACUGCUAAUGAAGUCUUCAAUCAAGGCGUUUCGAUAAAUGCUCAGCCACAUGAAAAGUUGGAAGCAGCUUACAGAAAAUUUCUUGCUCGCUCAAUGGGGAGAUCUAAAGCUUCCACCGAUGAACAUGUAACAGAGGAUGGUCUAUCAAAUCGAAGCUUUGGGACUGUGCUGUCCAAUGGAGAAAAUAGAAGAUACCAAGCAGGAGCUGCAGAGAAUGCCCGGAAAAGUGCCAAGGGAAAUAAGGGUGAUGGAUUAUCUUUUGCUGUCUAUAAGGAUACAAACGUUGAGAAUAGCUCCAGUCAUCGGGUAGAUAUAUCAAAAGUUGGUACGAAACAGUGGGAUAGUCUUGCCACUCAUAAAGAUAGAAACAAAGAAAACAAAGCAAUCCCUGCAAAGUGGACAUCAUAUAAGGUUAUGCAGGGGCCCGGCAGUAGACUUGGAAGAGUUGCCACUCCUGCCAUUGAGGUGUUUGUUGAUGAGGAAUGUUCUGAAUUGCAACAAACUAAUGAUUCUCAAAACAUUACAAAUUCCCAAUUGAAGGACAGAGAUGAAGUUAACCUCAAAAGAGAAACUGAAUUACUCAAGGAAAAUCCGCUUCGCAACUUUCCUGCUAGCAGUUUCCCUCGAUGACUCAAGUCCUACACUAUUUCAGUAUGCUCUCAAUCUUUGGAGAAUCUGGAGAAGGGAACAACAAUUUUCCUAGAGCACUUCCAUUUUUAAGGGUGAAAUCUUGUAUCUUUCCUCUUUGUAUAACACAUGUCUACAUCAUACGACAUAAACCAUCUCUAUUGUUUGUUGUUUAAAAUUCAAAUAAUGUUGUAAUGUGCAUCAAAUACAGUUUGUACCAAGGCUUUGUACUUUAUCUUUCUUUUUUAUCGAGAAAAUCACAAGGAUACUGAUUGGGUUUGAAAAGCCGCGAAA